AUGGCUAUGAAAACCGCAAUCGUGUUAACUGUUAUGAUGACAGUGGCAUUAGCCCUUCCUGCACAACCGACCAACGAUGGAUGGGGUUGGGGUGACGAUGGAUGGGGUUGGGGUGACGGUGGAUGGGGUUGGGGUGGUGCUGCGGUCAACCCGUGGAUACCUCCGUUCGUGGUGGCCGCGCCUUGGUAUCUUCAGUGGACACCGUGCGCAGCCAUUGGAAGCACAUGCUUGGAUUGCAACACAAAGCAGCUCUGCACAAAAUUUGGUGGUCUCCAACGAGCAUGCACUGACCCAACUCUUCCGUUCUGUAAUAUGGGUGAAUGCUCCGCCACACCUACUGCGGAAUGUGCAAUACCAGCUGUGAAUAAUCCAUUAAAACACACCACCUAA